CUCGAUUUUUGUUUUUCGUUAAAACCCCAGAAAAACCCUACUCUUGCAGUUUCUUUCAUCUCUUCCUCUCUGGUUUUUGCUGCAAGUGGAAAUGUAUCGAGCAGUUUCAAAGUUAGCUUCUUCAAUCGGUUCGUCUGCUUCGAGGAAACUGGUUUGUAGUCGGAUCAUAAGCAGCAGAAACUAUGUGGCGAAGGAUAUCAGUUUCGGGGUCGGGGCUCGUGCAGCUAUGCUGCAGGGUGUAUCUGAGGUUGCAGAAGCUGUUAAAGUUACAAUGGGACCAAAGGGGCGAAAUGUGAUAAUUGAGAAAAGUCAUGGGGAGCCAAAGAUCACAAAGGACGGUGUCAGUGUGGCAAAAAGCAUAUCAUUCAAAGACAAAGCUAAAAAUGUCGGUGCUGAGCUUGUGAAACAGGUUGCAAAUGCCACUAACAAAGUUGCUGGAGAUGGCACCACUUGUGCAACUGUUUUAACUCAGGCAAUACUCACAGAAGGUUGCAAGUCAGUGGCAGCUGGCGUAAAUGUGAUGGAUUUGCGUAGCGGUAUAAACCUUGCGGUUGAUGCCGUUGUAUCUGACUUAAAAAAAAGAGCUGUUAUGAUUAGCACCCCUGAAGAAAUUACUCAGGUUGCCACUAUAUCGGCAAAUGGGGAACGUGAGAUUGGGGAACUAAUAGCAAGAGCAAUGGGUAAAGUUGGAAAGGAAGGCGUCAUUACUGUUGCUGAUGGAAACACAUUGGACAAUGAACUGGAAGUGGUGGAAGGAAUGAAGCUAGCCAGAGGUUAUAUUUCUCCUUAUUUUAUCACAGAUCAGAAGACCCAGAAAUGUGAGCUUGAGAAUCCCCUCAUCCUCAUUAAUGACAAGAAGGUCUCAGAUAUGAACUCGCUGCUCAAAGUUCUGGAGAUGGCAGUGAAUAACAGCAGACCGCUUCUUAUCGUGGCAGAUGAUGUCGAGAGUGAUGCACUAGCUAUGCUUAUUCUCAAUAAGCAUCAUGCCGGGCUUAAGGUAUGUGCCAUCAAAGCUCCGGGUUUUGGGGACAAUAGGAAAGCUAGCUUGGAUGAUCUCGCUACCCUUACUGGCGGAGAGGUAAUCUCUGAGGAACGGGGUCUAUCACUCGACAAAAUCCACCCUGAAAUGCUCGGAACUGCGAAGAAGGUCACUGUCUCUCGUGAUGAUACGAUUAUCCUGCAUGGUGGUGGUGAUAAGAAGCUGAUUGAAGAAAGAUGCGAAGAGUUAAGGUCUGCCAUGGAGAAAAGCACUUCAGCUUUUGACAAGGAGAAAGCUCAAGAACGUCUCUCAAAACUAUCGGGUGGUGUUGCUGUCUUCAAGGUGGGAGGAGCAAGUGAGGCCGAAGUGGGAGAAAGGAAAGACAGAGUUACCGAUGCUUUAAAUGCUACUAGAGCAGCUGUAGAAGAGGGCAUAGUACCUGGUGGAGGUGUGGCUUUACUAUAUGCUACCAAGGCUUUAGAUAACGUCCAAACUCAGAACGAGGACCAGAGAAGAGGUGUUCAAAUAGUUCAGAAUGCUCUCAAGGCACCCACAUUGACAAUAGCUGCAAAUGCCGGUUUUGAUGGAUCUUUAGUCAUUGGCAAGUUACUGGAGCAAGACGAUAACAACUUUGGCUUCGAUGCCGCCAAAGGUUCGUACGUCGAUAUGGUGAAAGCUGGAAUCAUCGAUCCUGUCAAAGUAAUCAAAACUGCCUUAGUAGAUGCAGCUAGCGUUUCUUUGCUUUUAACCACGACAGAGGCCUCAAUUGUGGUGAGCAGAGACGAGAAACCUCCACAACGUGUGCCAGAUAUGAACAGUAUGGGCUUGUGAUCUUAAGGUUCGAUUCUUGAAACAUUACCAUGUUAUCUUUUCAUUGAUUCUCACAACAAAUUCAUGAGCUUCAGAAGUUACUUUUUGGAAGUAAAGAUUCGUUCUUAUCAUACAAAGUAACAGAGGAUAAUCUUGAAUGAGACAAGAACAGAAACUGGUUCACAUCCUGUUUCUUGUUCUUCUUAACAUGUGUUUGGUAUUGUCCUGAGUAUCAGAUUUGUUAGAAUCUGUGAUCAUAAAACAAUCAUAACAAUUGUAUUCCUCCAUUGAAGAAUGCUUUAUUCAUUA